AUGAACGAGGUAAAGGAGUCUCUAAGGAACAUAAAGCAGAACUACAAACUCUUCCUGCAGCAGCAGUUCACGUUUGUUGGAGCAUUGCAACACACCCGAGAGAACGCGCAUGACACGAUCAAACCCGUGGCAAGCAUCAGCCAGGUACAGUCCUACAUGGACCAUCACUGUAACAAUUCCACGGACAGGCGUAUCCUCAACAUGUUCCUAAACAUCUGUGAUGAUCUAAGCAAGCUCUGCCACAAGCUGGAAACCGUGCAUUCUGGUAACGACAUAACCAAUGGCAUUUUGGAGAGAUGCAAGCUGCUCCUUAGCCACAACAAUGAUCUGAGCGCCAUCCGAGCUAAAUACCCCCAUGACGUUGUGAAUCACUUGAGCUGUGAUGAAGCAAAGAAUCAUUACGGUGGUGUGGUGAGUCUCAUCCCCAUCGUUCUAGACUGCAUGAAGGAGUGGAUAACCCACAUGGAGAAGCUGCCUCGGCACAUGCUGUGUAACGUGAGUGGUGGAAGUGCUGUCUCUGAGAAGAGAACACCCCAGGAUGCACUAGCUAGGGCAGCCAUUUCCCAAACACCAUCUUCUCCUCAGACCUCAACUAGUAACAAAGAUCAUAUACAAGUACAGGGGAGUAAGCAUGUCCAGAAGCACCUGAAUGACACAGAAAAUCACAGUGGGAAACUUAAGGGUCCCUGGAAACCACCAAGUAGACGUGCCUUUUAA